GUUACAAGACACACAAGAACCAAUGGUUUUUGGCAUUAAUGACAUUUCCAUUAAAAAAAAAAUAUAUAUAAUAUAAAGAUUUGUUCCACAGAAAAACACAACACCGGUUUGGAUAUGAGGUCAUUUCAAGAAAGAAAGUCGCCAUGCUGGGAAAUAAAAGACGUAGGAAACCUCUGCAGGAUGCUGAGCAUCACAUUACCUGUAAAACUGACAAGCCUGGGCUUCGAGAGCAGUUCAUCAGCAAAUAUAAAGGCGGCCAGUCUCUUUUUUUCUGUAGCCACUCCAAAGUCCAAGUCACCCACGUCACCUUCAACCUCGCCUGUGCAGCCCUCAUCAUCCUCGCCUGCCUACAGAGGAGGAGAGCGCAUCAACAAAGCUGCUUGCGAAUGUGGCAUAAAGAACCCUGAAGCACUGUCAUCAACUAGGCUCAGGAAACACAUAGCAACCAUGUCUAAAAUUCUUAACCUUAAUGAGAAUGAAGCAGACCAACUGGCUGAUUUCCUUGGUCACGAUAUCCGAAUCCACAGACAGUUUUAUCGGUUACCAGAGGGAACACUGCAGCUGGCAAAAAUGAGUAAAGUCCUAAUGGCCAUGGAGAAAGGAACACUGUCUGACUACAAAGGAAAGAAACUUGAUGACAUUGAAAUCGACCCAAAUGAGCAACUUGAGGCCCAAGGUGAUUCCAUGUCAAGUGAUGAGGAGGAUUCCAGUGACCUAUCUCAGACACCAGCACCAGCACCAGUACAGACUGAUCAACCUGUUCAAUCUGAACAAGCUGUUUCACAGGAGGAUCAAGGUUCUUCAAAUGCUCCAAAAAAGAAAUGGGAGGACAGUGAGGUAAAAGCAGUAGAGAGACACAUGAUGAGUUUCAUCAAGACAUGCAAAGUUCCUGGUAAGCAAGACUGUGAAAGAUGCAUUCACGCAGAGCCAGAAGCUUUGAAGCAGCGAACAUGGACUGGUGUGAAAAAUUAUGUGCGGAACAGGAUCACGACUCUUAAAAGAAAGGGUGGUUUGUAGGGAGGGACAAACACUUCAACACUUUGCACAUUAUGCUCUUUUUGUAGGAAAUGGAGCUAAAUUAAAAGAAAUGAGGAUAAAGGUGUAGAAAUAUUUUGUGGAUGGAAUGAAACAGAAUAUAAAGUGAAAAGUUAGAGUAUAAGAAGGCUAAUGAAGAAGUAGAGGAUAGUAAGAGUCAAUUUUCUUUGUUCAGUUACAAUAUAGUUGGAUGAAAUGUCAUGUUAAACUUUUUGAUAUUUCUGUCAUAGAGGGAGGGGAGAAUGUAAAGAUGAUAAAAAAGGGAAGAGUGAAUAGCUGUGCUGGACAUGGGCUAUGGCUGGAUGUAACCGAUUGGUGAGAGUUAAUGUGUGCAGACGAGAGAAGCUGAAAACUGAGAUGUGAUGUCAGACACUUUCUGCUUCCCGUAGUGAUGCAGAGCCAGAAGCUUUGAAGCAGGGAACAUGGACUGGUGUGAAAAAUUAUGUGCGGAACAGGAUCACGACUCCUAAAAGAAAGGGUGGUUUGUAGGGAGGCACAAACACUUCAACACUUUGCACAUUAUGCUCUUUUAGUAAGAAAUGGAGCUAAAUUAAAAGAAAUUAAGAUAAAGGUGUAGACAUUAAAAUUAAGAGACGCUCGCGCUGUUUGCAUACUUUACCACAGCUGAAGUAGAAAAAAUGCAUUAUUUUCCAAAUACACAGAUAUUUCGGAGACAUUUUCAUUCAAUACAUGCACUGCUUGAUACAGUGUCUGUUUGUACAAGAAUAAAGUUCAACAUAAGCCUAAAUACAAACGUAAAGCGGGAAGAGAGAAUGUAAAGGGGGACGUUAAAGGACGUAAAGUAGAAGAGCAUGUAAAGGGGACGUAAAGAGGGAGGAGAGAAUGUAAAGGGGACGUAAAGAGGGAGGAGAGAAUGUAACUGGGACGUAAAGAGGGAGGAGAGAAUGUAAAGGGGACGUAAAGA